UCUUUGAUAGUGUGGGGUAAUUGGAGACAGAAACUGGGCAACUCUAGUUUUUAAUGACAAGUGAGAUUGGUGAAUUGCAUCAAUAGAUAAAUAUUUUAUUAUUUUACAAAAAUGUCGUUUUUUGGUGUAGGGAAUCCCUUUUCUACGCCGGUGGGUCAAAAAAUUGAACAAGCCACAGAUGGCGCAUUACCAUCUGAAAAUUGGGCUCUGAACAUGGAAAUAUGCGAUAUAAUAAACAGCAGUACGGACGGACCUAAAGAUGCCAUUAAAGCAAUAAGAAAAAGGUUGACUACAAGCGCUGGGAAGAACUACACAGUGGUGAUGUACACGCUGACUGUCCUGGAAACAUGCGUAAAAAACUGUGGAAAGCCGUUCCAUGUUCUCGUCUGCAAUAAGGAAUUUAUAUCAGAGUUGGUAAAAUUGAUUGGCCCCAAAAAUGAUCCGCCGACGGUGGUGCAAGACAAAGUAUUGAGCCUCAUCCAAUGUUGGGCCGAUGCCUUCCAGAACCAAGCUGAAUUACAGGGAGUCGGUCAAGUGUACAACGAGCUUCGCACCAAAGGUGUUGAAUUUCCGAUGACCGACUUAGACGCCAUGGCCCCGAUUUUCACGCCACAGCGGAGUGUCCCGGAUGGCGUUGAACAAGUUGGUUCCCCUCAGCGCUCCGUCUUGCCGCAGAACUCUCCUAGCAGGACAACUCCGGAACAGAUCACUACUCAGGUGACGCUGAGCGACAGUCAGACCAACAAGCUGCGCGCCGACCUCGCCGUGGUGGAGGGGAACAUGGCCGUCAUGAACGACAUGCUCAACGAGCUCACCGCCCGGCCGCAAGCAACGCGACACGACAGCGACGUCGAGCUUCUGAACGAGCUAGCGGACACGCUGCGUGCCAUGCAGAGCCGCGUCGCCGAGCUCAUAGCGCGCGUGGCGGCCGACGGCGCGCUCACCGCCGAGCUGCUGCACGCCAACGACCGCCUGCACAACCUGCUGCUGCGCCACGCGCGCUUCCUCAACAAUAGGUCUGCAGCGGCGGCGGGCGCGGGGCCCACUCCGUCCGCCAUCCUCGGCGCCGCCAUGGGCGUGCCCGGCGCGGCGCCUACGUCACCAAAGAAACAAGAGGAUGACGCCUUGAUCGACCUAAGCGACGACGUCCCUGAUAUUGCGAAGCUGAGCGUAACGGAUACUCAAGCAGAAAAGUCUCCGAGCAGCUCGAAGGAUGAAUUCGACAUGUUCGCUCAAUCGAGGAACAUCACUUAUGAAACCUCGAAGACAGGUACCAGCAGCUACGCCGAUAACUUAGAAGACCAAACCACGACGAGCUUGGCCUCCGCCGCCAGCCACCGAGCCACACAGGGCCAACCUCUGCCGACGGAAAUCGAUGAGAGGGAGAUAGACGAGAUAUCUGCCUGGCUGGCGCAGGAGAAGGCGGCUUCCGAGAGCGUCCACGAGAGCGUGACCAGUAGCGACUUCGACAAGUUCCUGGCGGAGCGCGCGGCCGCCGCCGAGCAGCUGCCCGAUAUCAGCGACCGCAGCCCUAGGCACCGGCACAUCAACAAGGAUGACCAGGACUCUAGGUUCGCGCUCUGAUCCCACACGCUCCAAGCGUAGCACAGCGACAUCUAAAUCCAAUUAAUCAAGCCCAAUAUCUCCCGCAGAGCUUCACCUUAGGUCGGAUCUACAAGGUUUUGUCGUUGGCCAGCUGUCACUGUCAACUUUUUGCCGUCGUGACUUUUAUAAUAUCCGACACGACAAAUAAAUCGUGUCUGAACGUUCGAUCGUAAAGGCCAACGACAAAACGGCAUAUGUAUGUAAAUGGAUCGGAAGGAUGCGUUCCCCUGUGACGACGUGUAUUCAUGUAGUACAUACAGGUCGUGACUUGUUUAUUUAAAUGGAAAUUAGAUGGUUACGACUUUUUAAUGUAGUAACGACAGACUGUCGAAAUAAUGAAAAUAAUUAGGACAUCAGUCAUCCGACGUCAUAAUAAAAAAAGUGGUAUGUGUGGGUUCACAAAACAUAUAAAAAAUUUAAAACAUAAAGAGGAUAGUUUCAGUAAUGAAAAUAGUUAUAAAAGACAAGAUAAAAAACCGUUACGGAACUGUGGGAACGCACACUUACCGAUUGUGGAACGAAAAUAAACUGUUACCUUAAGUAUACAGAUGACAGUUUAUACAACUUAAGGAUAAAUACAUCUCUCUCUGCUUAGCAAGUUCAUUUCAGAACCCGCAAUGUAAAGCUAAGGUAGAUCGCUCCCCGCGUUCGUUCGAGGUCACAGACCUAACACGUCAUCUGAGAUUUUACCUUUACAUUACGUGCAAUGCUAAUUACUAUUGUAUUGAUUAGCUCUGCCAUCUGCCUUCUUUGGGUAUUGUAAUAGCUUGGAUAUAUAAUCGACUUGACAGACAAGAAGUCUGGUAAUUGUAUUAUACAGUAGAGCAGGGGUGAGCAACCUUUUUAAUCAAUGGGCCAAUUUUUAAUUUUUUUUUGGCGGGCCGCACAUAGAUUAACUCUAAUUACUAAUUUACGAAACUUACUAAAAAAAAGUAGAGAUUUCAUAUGCAAAUUUUAAUGCAAGAUAAAAACAAAUAAGGAAAGAAGAGAAAGUCGAUAAGAUAAAUUCAAUCUUAGAAAUGCUUGGUCGCGUGUUGCUCAUCCUUGCAGUAGAGUAUCGUGGAUAUAAGAACUAAUAGCGUACCUGGUGCUAAGUGUUUGCCAGAGCUCAUAGAAAAUAGAUGCGUUCCGGCUUUUAGAGUGGAAUGUGUAAGUGAUCGCAGUUAGCAGUUUAUUAGCAUUGUGUUUGCAUUGGUUAAUGACAUUGGCAACGAUGACGUUUAAAAUGCAUUUGCAUUCGUUUGCAUUCGUAAACUGUUAAAAAUAUAUAUGUAUACAAAUAUAUACUUUAAUGAAAUUAAGUAACAAUAACAAUAAUUAUCAUGAAGAUUGCUUAGUUCAUCGACGUUAUAUAUAAAUCAGACGCAGUUGUUAUUAUUUGAAAAUAAGCUUUUUUUUGUAUUCUUAUUUUGUAAUUGUAAUAUUAUUUAUGAAACCAAAACUUAAAGUUCACUUUAGUUUUAAUUGAAAUUACAUGUUAUGUAGGUUUGAUGCAGCAGACUUGCCAUUUGGUGCCUACCUUAUAUAGUAAAUACUAUUACAAUCAUGUACUAAACAAAAUAAUUCCCAUAUUUAAUGUGAUAUAAUAAUAAAAUAAGAUGGAAAAUAAUAUCACUUCUGUCGUAAUUUAUAGUUAUGUCAAUAUGUAAAAUGUAGAAAAACCAAUCAUUUCGUGAGUAAUGUUUUUUGUAAAUGGAUUUAAAGUAUCAUCGAUCGUUGUAUUAAUCUGUUUACUUUCAAAAACAAACAAUCACUAAAAUACAAUCAUUAUUCUUCUCCUUUCUUUUUUAUUAUGGUAAUAGGCUUCGUUUUGUGCCAGUAUUGCCAGUGUCGAAUUUAUUUAUUCUUCAAUUAUAAUGAAAUACAUACAUAUACAGUUAUUUGAAAAAUAAACGAAAAAUAACGAAAUGAAAUCAAGUAGAUUUAUUUGAAAUAUUUGUAAAUUGGGAUGAAAUUUAAUUAGAUCAAUUGAACAGAGAUAAGAUGAAUGUAAUGUUCCAAGGAAAAUGGUGGGAAUUUGCUGAGACUUUUUGGAAGAAUGUUGUUUAUCUUUCAUCAGCUAUAAUUAAUUUCGCCACACUUGUAUAUUUUCACAGAUAUUGAACGGUUGUAAGCCACCAUUAUUGCACUGGAAAUCCGAAAAAACGCUAGAUUAAAUAAAAACAAUUUACCCAACUUCGCUCCCCGAACUCUUGAUAAAGUCGCAUAAAAUCGUAUUAUAAUUAACAAAUGACUAACUAGUAGCUACACUAGUCUCUGGAAUCUAAGGCAGUUUGUGAAUAUAUGCCGUAUUUUAUCUUUUUAUUUCUUAUAAGGCUGCACAUUCUUCGUUCCGUUUGCGCCACGGAAUCACAGAUUAUGUAAAACAGUCUAUUUAAAAAUAAAACUUAGACCUAUAUUCUAAGUUAAGCUUAAAUAUUUUAAGUCUCACUAAUAAACCUCUGUUAUUAUUUAAAUGUUUUUUAAAUCUUCUACGUAUCUACUUUACGUACUACAUAUGAGUCGACUAUUAUCAAAGCCGGCAAUCUGACUUUUGGACAAUGAUUGGUAAAUCAGAAAAACGAAUUAUUGACUUUGUAUUCCAUUGGCAGUCACAAAACUUUUCGGAACGACAUCUUAGAUAAAUAACAGGUUAACUAUUAACCUUUAUUUAAUGCAGGUUUUGAACCGUAUUCUUUGAAGGAGACGAUUAUAUUCAAAUCAAUCUGAAUUGACAUAUCAAUAAAAUUUUUUUGUCCAAAUGCACAGAUUGCCACCUUUGAUAGUAGACGACUCAUAUUUCCGAAAACCUUUGUGAAAAUAUCAAUAAAACUCGCUUUUAUUUCAUUUUAAAGAAUUCUUUAACUACAUUAAAACGAAUAUUAACGUGAAAAUGCGUACAUUUCACUUGUUCCGGUAUUAACAUAAUCGUGUUGCAAAUUGUAUUGUAGAAUCGCUUCUAUGUUUAGGAAAGUUGUCUAGGUCGACUUUGAAUUGUGUUUAGAAGAUUGUGAAGUAAUUUUCACAGAUAUACACUUAGUUUUUAAUUACCAAAAAAAAAAAUAACAAACCUUUUAGAUCAGUCUUACUUAAAUAAAUUCAGUAUUGGCUUAUUAUAGAAUACAAAUAAAUUCUUUAAAUUUUUGGUAAUUAAAAAUAGUUAUAUGGACUUCGUGAAAAUACGAGAGCAUUUAAUGAAAGACCACUGGCUUAUAUUGUGAUAUCUAUUCGGUUUGUUCAAUAAGUAAAAUUCAUUUUAGUAUAUUAUAUUAUAUACUUUAUUUUGGCGCUACGAAAAAGUAUUUAUUUCUCUCACACUACGAAUAUAAAUCAGAAAGGUUUUUAUAUACCUAUCAUACAGAAUACAUUUUUGUUUUUACGAAUUAUCUUUCUUCAGUUCCAUCUGUGUAUUUAGCAUCGAAACAUUGAACAAAUUGAGACGGUCGCUAGUACAUGCGGUUUAUAUAGUAUUCUAAAAGGGUCGUGAUUGUGAUAAGAGCUAAAUGUAAAUUAGACGUAUUAUAAUUUCAACAUUUAAAAUCAUUACAUUAUAGUAUUCAACAAACAUUAGCGUUUUAACAGAAUUCGUAAUAUAGUAUAUAAUAUAGUAUGACGUCAUCCGAAAUCUGUUAACGCAUUUUAGUAUAUGUGUGGGUGUAAUUGCUAUUUUAUUGAAUCAGCGUUAUUAAUUUAUAUAGAUUGUGUGUAUCGAAAACUACCGCAUAGUAUAAUAUUAAUGUGCUAUUAAUUACAAAGGCCAUUCCACAUUGUCUUAAUUAAAUGUUCUAUUCGUGUCAAUGUGAUAAUGAUAAAAGAACAAGCUUAAUGUUAUUAUUUUAAUAUAUUUUACGUUAUAAUCGUUGUAUAUUAAGUAAUAAAAUAAAUAUUAUCGUACCAA